GUGAUCAGUGCACAACGUGAGUGCUACAGACACCGCCGCACAUGGCUACUAAGGCUGUUUGGGAAUAUCAUGGAGGCUCAGAGCAGUCAGCCUUGCUGGUACAAUUUGCUAAUGGAAACAUACAGUCUCCUGAAAGUGUAAAGUUAAACCUAUACAGGAACAAAAAUCAAAAACCACCAAAAACAAAGGAACAGAAGAUAUUGGCAGCAGAAUCUGACCGCCUGGGUUAUGUGGCUAGUAAUUUUGGAGGCGAUUCCUCGAACAGUAACUCUCUAUGCAGGUAUUUUGUUGGUGUAUUAAACAAGGAAUCUGGAAAAAUGGAGGUUUAUGAUGCAGAGUAUUUUAAAAUGCAGCCAAUACUGGAAAGCAACAAAAAAAAGGAUUUGCUAGAUGAGGAUCCAUUGGAGAAUUCAAGCAGAACUUACAGGGAAAAGGUGGAUGCUCUCAUCGAAGCCUUUGGUACUAACAAGCAGAAACGUGCUUUGAGCUCCCGAAGGUUGAACCAAGUUGGUAGUGAAAUUUUAAGUCAAGCUAUGGCCAAAGCUGCGGAAGAAAUCAUAGAGUAUAAAGGAACAAAAGAAUUGGUGAAAGAAGCCAUUGGCAGUGAUGAGAUAGAGUCUUCGUUGUUCCUCCCACCGCGUGAUAUUAAUGCAGAUAAACCUGAAAAUGUCUACAAGAUGGACGACCUUAUUUCACCUGUUGAAUAUGCAUCUCUCGAAGCUCCCUCUGAACCCUUCAGAAAUCUCACCACUGAAUCUCUCCAGCAGAUGAUAGACAAUAAACAGCAUGGUUUGAUUGUAAUUCAAGAACUUCAGGAACUAACUGGGAAAGAUUGUGACCAUCUGGCCCGCUGUCUUUGGUAUUUGGAUGCUUUGAUCAAGCUUUGUAAUAUGAAGGUAGUCAAACGUAAAGAGCUGAUGGUUCCUGGUUUCCCAAGCACCAUUUGUGGAAAGUUUAUGAAACAUUUUACAGUCACAACAUUUAAAAAUGGCAGAGUACAGAACUCGGUCUCUGGGACAAUGAAUUCUAAAAUAGUUGCUCAUGUCAUAGCUUUGGCCUUGCAUAUCUGUGACUUUGAAGUAGACCUUACGCUUUUACAGAGGGACAUGAAGCUGACUGAGAACAGGAUUUUGGAAAUAGCCAAAGCCAUGGGGUUGAAGAUAACCAAGAGACUGAUGUUCUCUAGUAAUGCACUUGGUGAGACACACAAAAUGGGAGUAUUGACUAUUCCUCUGACCGUGUACAAGCCACCAGCAGGAAUAAAGAAACGAAAAAAAAUGUGAAAAGGAAAACUCUUCUUUUAUGUAGAUUUGUACAUUUAAAUUUUCAGUGUGACUUCAUUAAAAUAUGAAA